GCGCACUCAGUUGUGUAGUGGAAAUCCAUGUCGGUCUAAAUUAAAAAUAAAUAAUAAACACUACGUAGAAUUUCACAUGGCUAUAAUAUUUUGAAUUUUUAAACUGGUGAAUAUAUUUUGGUGGGUGUAGAAUUUAAAAAGAUAAAAUCAACAAAUCGUUAAAAUGUACGGAUUUGUGAAUUAUGCCCUUGAGUUGCUGGUGAUGAAGACCUUUGGCCAGGAGACUUGGGAGACCAUCAAGAAGAAAGCCGAGGUUCAAAUGGAAGGAAGUUUCCUCGUCAGACAGAUCUACGAGGAUGAGAUCACGUACAACUUGAUCACGGCGGCUGUAGAAGUCCUGCAAAUUCCUGCUGAUGCUAUAUUGGAACUGUUUGGGAAGACCUUCUUCGAGUUCUGUCAAGAUUCAGGAUACGACAAGAUCUUGCAGGUGCUGGGUGCGACUCCUCGGGACUUCUUGCAGAAUCUGGACGGUCUUCACGACCACCUCGGUACAUUAUAUCCUGGAAUGCGUUCCCCGUCGUUUAGAUGCACAGAGCGUCCUGAAGAUGGGGCUUUGGUGCUCCAUUACUACUCCGACAGACCUGGAUUAGAGCACAUCGUCAUUGGAAUUGUUAAGACAGUGGCAAGCAAGCUCCACAACACCGAAGUGAAGGUUGAGAUCCUGAAAACGAAGGAGGAAUGUGACCACGUCCAGUUUCUGAUCACAGAGACUUCUACAUCAGGACGCGUGUCUGCUCCGGAGAUCGCCGAGAUCGAGACCCUGUCUCUUGAACCGAAGGUGAGCCCAGCCACAUUCUGCCGCGUGUUUCCCUUCCACCUGAUGUUCGACCGCGAGCUGAACAUCGUGCAAGCGGGGCGCACCGUCUCCCGUCUCCUGCCCAGAGUCACCAGGCCAGGAUGCAAGAUCACCGACGUCUUGGACACUGUUCGUCCCCACCUGGAAAUGACAUUCGCCAAUGUCCUGGCCCACAUUAACACUGUCUACGUGUUGAAGACCAAGCCGGAAGAAAUGUGCGUCCCUCACGACUCCCACGAGGAAAUUGCUUCGCUGCGUUUAAAGGGACAAAUGCUGUACAUUCCCGACACAGACGUCGUCGUGUUUCAAUGCUACCCCAGUGUGACUAACCUUGAUGAUUUGACACGCCGCGGUCUUUGCAUCUCCGAUAUUCCUCUCCACGAUGCCACUCGCGACCUGGUCCUCAUGUCAGAACAGUUCGAGGCUGACUACAAACUGACCCAGAACUUGGAGGUCCUUACUGACAAACUACAGCAGACCUUCAGGGAACUGGAUUCUGAGAAGCAGAAGACAGACAGGCUCCUCUACUCAGUACUGCCAAUCAGCGUAGCCACAGAGCUCCGCCACCGCCGCCCCGUCCCUGCCCGUCGCUACGACCCCGUCACCCUGCUCUUCAGUGGCAUCGUCGGGUUCGCCAACUACUGCGCCAGACAUACUGAUCAUAAGGGAGCCAUGAAGAUCGUCCGGAUGCUCAAUGACUUGUACACUGCAUUUGAUGUGCUCACUGACCCGAAAAGGAACCCUAAUGUGUAUAAGGUGGAAACCGUUGGAGACAAGUACAUGGCAGUGUCAGGUCUGCCAGAAUAUGAAGUAGCCCACGCGAAGCAUAUUUCCCUUUUGGCUUUGGAAAUGAUGGACUUGUCCCAGACCGUCACUGUCGAUGGUGAACCUGUGGGUAUCACCAUCGGUAUUCACUCAGGGGAAGUGGUAACCGGAGUGAUUGGUCACCGCAUGCCGCGCUACUGUCUCUUCGGUAACACUGUCAACCUGACCAGCCGCUGCGAGACCACCGGUGUUCCUGGCACCAUCAACGUCAGUGAGGAUACUUACAGUUACUUGAUGCGCGAAGACAACCACGAUGAUCAGUUCGAGUUGACCUACCGCGGCCACGUCUCCAUGAAGGGGAAAGCUGAACCCAUGCAGACCUGGUUCCUGACGAGGAAGAAGACAUCUAACUAAAUUACCUAACAUGCUUAAGUACCUGUGCUGCUUUAUAGAAUAAGGAAUAAUACUACGUAAAGAACGGCAACUCUUCGCUCCUCACCAGGGGCUGAGCUAAGUUUACCUCACCCCACCUCGGUCUUACUUUAGUCUUCAAUCGUAUGGGCGUCAGACGUCACACAGACAGAUACGCGUGUGCGAUAAUGUCGAAGGUUUUUUGUAUGAAGUGUCCAGGUUAUGGCUGCGUGUCCACUUCUUGAUGAAUGAACAAAACAUUGAGAUUUCUUGUCACAUUGUUUUAUAUUGACUUGUAUAGAACUCUGUAUACUUAGGGGUGAACGAAAUCUGUGUGCACAGCGGCGCUUUUAUCCCUUUCCGUCACUCAGAACCGUCAUUUGUUAGAGAGAGAUAAAGAACGAGCGUUUGUGCCUCGUCGAUUCCGCCGCGUGCGGUCGCAUAAGUUCAACCCUUAAUCGGCUAAUCUGCGUCUGAUUUUGUAAUGAAAACAUAUAGAAUAUAAACUCAAGCCUAUAAUCCCCUCUGGGGUGGGUAAAGCCACAUCCAAUCAGAAGACAAUUUGUAAUAAUAAUAAUAAUAAUAAAGUUUAUUUAGGUAAAAUGUAGAGAAAAAGCAAAUAAAAAUAUAGGUUAAGAAGAUAUACUUACUAAAUACAGGGUGUUAGUGACAUCGUAACGAAUACUCAGGGGAUUAUUCGGACCAUGAUUCUGAGUUAAUAUCAAGUGGAAUUUUCCGUCGCAAAAAUCAUGAUUUAUUUUCGUAUUUUUGAAAUAUUUUCUAUUUUAUACUUUUGCGACGGAAAAUUCGACUUGAUAUCAACUCACAAUUAUGGUCUGAAUUAUCCCUCAAAGUUUUCGUUACGAUGUCACUAGCACCCUGUAUGUAUUCAAUGUUUUGAUUCUACGUAUCAAGAAAAUAUAAGAAUAGCUAAAUGAUGGAUUAUCCACUGAGGGAAUAUGAAUAUUUAUUAUUUUUAACCGUUUCUUAGAAACGAUGUCAACUUAUAAUAAUAUUUAUAAGUGACUAAAUAAAAUACUAGUCAUUUCAUUCCAAAAUAUUAAAGCAUUAUUUCCUAUGUAAGUAUAAAAUUUUAUAAUUUAUAGUUAUGAAUUUACAUAAUUUAAAGUUUAUGAAUUUAUAUUAUCAUAUCGGCCUACAUGUACCAUUCUUGUCUACGAGACAAAACUUUUAAGUAAAUUUAAAUAUGAUAUAAUAUUUUAUCAAACAUCAGUGUAGGUGAAUGUUGUAUUUUUAGAAGUACUAAAAUCUAUCUCGGGUUUUAUACUCACUUAAAUUAUUAUUUUAAAGCCUAAUUAUAAACGGUCUAUGAAUCUCUAUUAUUAUUAUAAUUAAG